UGCCAAAAUUUCUUGCUACUGUUUCAAUUCUUGGCAUUUAGCGAGCUGCUCCCUCAAAGCGGUGGUGCCUCUGUCUCUGCAUCAGCCUUUCGUCUCAUUCUCGCCUAUCAUUAGAAUUGGAGGUUGGGUCUUCUCUUUCUUUGUUCCCAAAAUUCACUCCCUCUUCUUCCACCGGUUCUUUCUUGCGCUCUACCCUCUUUUGCUUGCUAUAAACCAUGAUUUACAAUAUCCUGGCCAAAUUAGCCUGGAAGGACAAAGCUCCGGAGUUGAAACAGCGUCUGCGCGGUCCGGUGGAUUCGCCGAAGUCGCCAAGCUCUGGACAGAUCCCUAUGUUCUUGGUUCAUGCGGCCCAAAAUGGCAAAAAGCAAAGAAAAGGGACGAAACCCUUUCCUUCCAAACGAAAACGAUGACGACGGCAGGUAUAUUGGUGCUCGAUGAAGGAGAUGAUCACGAUGAUGGCGACGGGGGGGGUGAUUAAGGCCGUCGAGGAGACUACAAUCAUGACGGAAGAGGAGGCGACAACGACCAACUGCCAUCCUCGGGUCGAGCCGAAUCCAGUUCCACCGUUGAGGACACAAGAUUGGUGCGGCGGGAAGAGGAAAACAGUGAGUGUCAAUUUAGACAAUGCGGAAAUCACCAUUUCAUGUGAAGCAGUUGGUGAAAGCCGUGCUUCGAAUUAUGGGUUGGCGAAAUUAGACAGCAGGGGUAGAGCAAUUCAGUUUGCUAAGAAGCCAAAGGGUGCUGACCUCAAAGCAAUGGCAAAAAUCGAGCUUACAGCCUCAUCAUACGUCGCCUUCACAUCUGACAACGAAUUGUAGAAGACGACAUAAGGGGGAGCAGAAGUGGAGCGUGGUAAUCCCAGAGGGAGAGGACACGUGAGCCAUUGAUGAGAUCAUGCAAUACAAGGAGAAUAGCAUGAAGCAUGAAGGUGAAGAUUGCGGAUGGAAGGGCAAACAAAAUAAAGAAUAGGUGAAGGAAUCUAAGGUUGAACUUUGACAUGUAAAACUGGAAGUUUAUGUUGUUGCCAUUUUGGGAGGCAAAAAAAUGAAGACACGCUGAAAUAAGAAAUGCAGAUGCAU